AUGUCCAACGAUACCUACUCCACCCCUCUGUCGUCGCGGUACGCGUCGAAGGAGAUGUCCCAGAUCUUCUCUCUGCGUAACAGAUUCUCCACCUGGAGAAAGCUGUGGUACAACCUGGCUAUCGCCGAGCAAUCUCUCGGUCUUUCUGUGGUCACUGACGAAGCUAUUGAGCAGAUGUCCAAGCACCUCGAGAUCACCGACGAGGAGAUCGAGGCUGCCAAAAAAGAGGAGGCCAUUGUAAGACACGACGUGAUGGCCCACGUCCAUGUUUUCGGGUCCACCUGUCCUGCUGCUGCCGGAAUCAUCCAUCUGGGAGCCACCUCGUGCUAUGUCACUGAUAAUGCCGAUCUCAUUUUCCUGAGAGACGCCUACGACGUGCUGAUCCCAAAGUUGGUGAACGUGAUCAACAGACUGGCCCAGUUCGCCCUGCAAUACAAAGACCUGCCGGUCUUGGGAUGGACCCAUUUCCAGCCUGCCCAGCUCACUACUGUUGGAAAAAGAGCCACCUUGUGGAUCCAGGAGCUGCUCUGGGAUCUCAGAAACAUGCAGCGUGCCAGAGACGAUCUGGGACUCCGUGGUGUCAAGGGAACCACCGGAACCCAGGCCUCGUUCUUGUCGCUGUUCCACGGCAACCACGACAAGGUGGAAGCCUUGGACGAGAAAGUGGUUGAGCUACUAGGAUUCGAGUACGCUUACCCUUGUACCGGACAAACGUACUCGAGAAAGAUCGAUAUUGAUGCGUUGCAUCCUCUCUCGUCGUUGGGAGCCUCAUGUCACAAGAUGGCUACCGACAUUAGACUUUUGGCCAAUCUGAAGGAGAUGGAGGAGCCAUUCGAAAAGAGCCAGAUCGGUUCGUCUGCCAUGGCCUACAAGCGGAACCCUAUGAGAUGCGAGCGUGUGUGUUCGUUGUCGCGUCACCUUGGCUCGUUGUACCAGGACGCAUUCCAAACGGCCUCUGUUCAGUGGUUUGAGAGAACUUUGGACGACUCUGCAAUUAGAAGAAUCUCCAUUCCAGAAGCAUUCCUGACGGCCGAUAUCUUGCUAUCGACGCUGCUGAACAUCACGUCUGGCCUCGUCGUGUAUCCAAAGGUGAUCGAGCGUCGUAUCAUGGCCGAAUUGCCGUUUAUGGCUACCGAAAAUAUUAUUAUGGCGAUGGUGGAGCAAGGAGGGUCCAGACAAGAUUGUCACGAAGAGAUCCGUGUUUUGUCGCACCAAGCGUCCGCAGUGGUGAAACAAGAAGGUGGUGACAAUGACCUGAUCCAAAGAAUCAAGUCGACCGAAUACUUCAAGCCAAUCUGGGGCAAACUGGACCAACUAUUGGACCCAUCUACUUUUGUUGGUCGUGCUCCACAACAGACUGAAAAAUUUGUUAACGUCACUGUUGCUACAGCUUUACAACCAUACAAGUCACUGAUUAACCAAGAACAAGUUCAAUUGGCCGUUUAA